AUGUCUUUCGAAAUGAUGUCCAAGCAGAAGAAUAAUCUACAACUUCAAACAUUCUACGCUUUAGUUAGCCAAACUUUAAUUCCAAUGAUUCUAAUGCAUUUUCCUUCUAUAAUUCUUCUAGUUUCAACAAUUUUGGACUUUGAUUUGGGUCAUAUAAGUAGUAUAGUUUCAGUGACAUUUGCUUUAUUUCCAGCAUUAGAUCCUCUUCCAGUUAUGUUAAUUAUUCAAAAUUAUCGGGGAACCUUAUUUAAUGUUGUGUCAACUCCUGUUAAUAUUUUUGUGAGAAGAAUAACCAUUAUUUAA